AUGUAUCACCCUCAAGCUGGCAGAUCACAGUUCGAGAUGAAUGCUCGGAUCGUAGGCCUACAGAACGAGCUGCAGGCCGAGAUCGAUGGCUACGACUCCGCUCUCCUAUCACCUGAAGAUCGGAGAGACAGUGAUGACCCCAAGACAACAUCGACGGCGGUAGUCACUCGGGCGGUGCUCGACCCUCGGGCCCAAGAAUACCAUCCGCUGCUUGCAUCUCCUAACAGCACCACCGGUACCAGCUUCUCCCUCCCCCUUUCAAGGGUCGACAGAAUGAUCACGCCAGUCUACGGAUUGACUGAGCGCUCCUACGGAAAUCAAUUCACCGGCUUCGAUCCCCGUGAGGUCAGUUCCUUUCAAAUCGGUCCCUUUGAGAUCAGCUCCCGAGGUAUAUUCUGGUUCGCGGGGCGCCAGAUUUGGAAGGAGGAGGCCCUUAGCACGGAGCACGUAGACUUUGUGAACCGGGCUUACGCAGCAAUGCAAAAGAAAAUGAUAGGCGAUUACAACGGGAUAGAGACCCAGCUUUCCCUUCAGGUGCAGCAGACUGCGGCAAAGCAGCUGCGACUCCAGUCCCCUCAGGCAUACGAGAACAAAAGACAGCGCAAUCAGCUGCGACUCCAGUCCCCCCAAGCAUACGACUACAAAGGACUGCGCCAUCAGCUUCCCGCCGACAAAAACAACAGCGGCAUCCGCUCUAUGUUUGUUAACCUGCCGUCGCACACGUGGAAGGUUGUCCUCAAAAAUAUCGCUGAGAAACGCCAACUCAUCGUCUUUAAUCGCUGGGCCAACAAGCUCCCGCCGGCUUCGGAAUGGAAGUUCGAUACAAAUAUCCGCUCUGCGCUUCGCAAGGACGAGAACUGGCGUGAGCUGGAACAUGAGAUGACCGGUACGCCUGUCGAGUACAUGGAUGUCGUCGGACCGUGGGUUGAUGCGCAGUCACACUGGGUGCGGGCCUCGGCCUCGGAUGAAGUGUUGAGAACUGGCAGAUGGGGAUGGGUGAGAUAG